CUAGGCCUGAGCCGCGUCAAACAGCACCUCAACUUUGGAGUCUGGCAUUUCGGCGCAUUUUGAAUCUCGCCCGUUAGGCAGGCUGGACGUACGAACAACCUCAACCACCACAACCUCAACCACAACCUGCGCUUUCCUAGACAGAACCCAACGAUCGAUCUACCUCUGCGGGCCGUUCCGAGCCAUUCCCUACUAUCGCGCCUGUCGUUGUGCGUGCCCCGAUAAUUCCCAGCUCUUGAUCUUUCGCAUCAGCCUACGAAUGCAUGGCCUCGCCUCGGUAGGCCUUCUCUCCGACUGCGCGUUCCACGACAUACUCUGGCCCGUUGGUUCAAAAUACAUGUCUUGGUCAUGACGAAUAAGAAACGCACCGCAGAUGGCGCUGCGGCCCCGGCCCUCAAGCGCCGCAAGGCAUCUGCCAUUUCGGUCGCCUCGGCGAACUCCACCCACCCGUUGCGACAGACAUCAUUCCCUCCCGAUGACCUCGGCACUCCGUACGGCACGCGCUCGCCCUCAGUCGACCUCGACGCCAUGAGUCUCGUCAGCGGCAGCCAGGUCAGCGCCGCGGGCCCGCCUAAAAAGAAGCGCGGCCGCAAAUCCAAAGCAGACAAGGCGCGAGAGCAGACGCCUUCGGCGGUUGGCGGUCGCGCCACCACGGCCAUGUCCGGGGUUAGCGACGGCGGCGGCCGGGGUGGCAAGAGCGCGGCGGCCGGUGCUGGCGGCGGUGAUGAAGGGGAAGGCGACGACGACGGCCCUACUGAGGUCGCCGCGACGGCUGAUACCCUCACCAAGGAGCAGAAGGAGGAAGAACAUCGCGCGAGGGGCAUGCUUAUCAACGCCUUUUCGCCCGAUCAGUUCAACCGCUUCGAGAACUGGCGCGCCGGAAACCUUGGUAAAGCGGGCGUUCGAAGAGUAAGUAUCCGCCACCACUGUCCUCCCCUGGCUUGUGUCUAGACUGCUCGAUAUUGUUCUGCUAACUAUCUCCUCUUCAGCUCAUCAACGCGACCAUCUCGCAGUCGGUCACAGAAAACGUUGUGAUUGGCAUGCGGGCCGUUUCUAAAGUCUACAUCGGAGACAUCAUCGAGAUCGCGCGCCGAGUUCAGGACGAGUGGAUCGCGAAGACAGGCGAGAAGCAGACCGACCUCCCCACGCCGCCUCCCUCUACUGGAACCUCGCCCAAUGCUGAUGUGGAAGGAGGAGGAAGAGGAGGAGAAGGAGGAGGAGGAGAAGGAGGAGGAGAAGG